GCUUCUCUUCAAUAUUUAAAGAUUCUUUGAUAACAAAUACUUUUGCCCAAGAAUUAAACACCUCGAUAGCGACACCAUAUCCAAAAAUAUUUGAAGAAGUGUAUGCGGAUUCAAUAUUAGAUUUUUUUGUACUUGGCGAUUGGGGGUUUAAUUCAAAUGGCUCCGGGCGAAAACAUGGUGAUCAAGUUCAUGUUGCCUUCGCUAUGGAUAGCUGGGCAAAAAGACACAAUACUAACUUUAUUAUUAAUGUUGGUGAUCAUCAGGGAGUAGAAAGUGUUGAUGAUCCAAAAUGGAAAACGAAUUGGUUAGACGUAUAUAAGGGAAAAUUAUCAGAAAUACCUUGGUACAGCGUCGCUGGAAAUCACGAUUGGUAUAACAAUGUAACAGCUCAAGUUGACUAUUAUUGGUCAAAGAAUAAUCGAUUUUUUCUUCCUUCUCUAUUCUAUGUUCGCACUUCAGUCUUUGGUCCGGAGAAAACUAAAGUGGCUUGGUUACAUAUUGAUACUAACAUAUUUUAUUAUAAAUAUGAGGAUUUGACUAACAAGAAUUUAUUAAAAAGUAAUCUUCGUAAUUUUGAUGUACAUACUUCAAAAUCAAUUGAAAGUAAAUUAAAAUGGAUUGAAGAAAAUUUAGCGUUGCAAAAAGAUGCUAAAUGGAUCUUUGUUGUUGGCCAUCAUCCACUUAUUGGUGAUUGUGUAAAUUACCAACAUAUGUCUCGUUUAUUGUCACUUUUUGAAAUUUAUCGGGUAACUGCAUAUUUUGCUGGUCACUCUCAUGUUCUAGAGUAUCAGUAUCCAAAACCUUCAUCACCUGUAGCAAUAUUUACCUCCGGAGCAGGAAGCCGAUCAAGUGGUGGUUGUCGUGGCAAAGAUUGGGGAAUGCCCGAAGGAACAUUAGGGUUUUUACAUGCUAAAAUUGAGAGCAAUAGUGAUGAAAUGUCGUUUGAAUUUGUGGACGCAACUACUUAUAAAGCUAAAGUUGUUUUUCAAGGAAAAGUCAAUUCUACUUCAAUUUGGUAUCCCAAAAUGGUCAAAAAGAGUUAA